CUGCUUUUCAAAACUGACAGAUGACGUAAAUAUUUAGCUGUCAUGUGGGUGUUGUGAAAAAAACUGUUUUUUUGGGGGAAAAUGGGGGGUUUCCUCGUUUUUAUCGUGGUUUUUUUCCUCCUAGUUUCGGUGGUUUUAUGGGGCUUCAGGAACAUCAUAUCAUGGCUGUUUCGCCGGAAAUACAACGUUUCGCUCAAAAUCGGAAGCAUAAAAUUGCCCUACUUGAAAUUAUGUGAUAUUCAAAUAUCAAAAAACGGCUUCAACAUUCACAUUGAUGAGAUCGGGAUCAAGAGUAGUUUUUUGAAUUCAGAGCUUACAAAGUUAGUUACGUUGGUUGUGAAAGAUGUGCGAGUUAACAAAGACAUCGGACAGAGUUCCGACUUUAUGGCGGUCGCCGGAAACGGCAGAAAAACGCUUGAUUUCAGAGAUAAGAAAAUUCCCCACUUUAUCAACACUUUUGCACAAUUUAUGGCUGUGCACGUUUACAAUAUCUCGGCUAUGUUACUGAGGUCUGAAACGCCAGGUUGUCUCACACAUGCAACCGCCUCUGAAUUGAGACUAGACGGCAGUAUUUUAAAAAAUGCAAGACUUUUGUUAGUUAGUUUAAACCUAAUUGAUGCCUCUGCCAAAGUACUGAGGCACCAAGAAAAUCAAUCGAAACAAACCUGUCUUGCAGAAUUUAGGUUUGGUGUUUCAAUGGACGUUAUUUUGAUCGCUCAGGGCCCCCUAUCAGUUGAGAAACUCAACUUCAAAAUGUCUCAGACGAGUUCAAUUAUCAACGACAGCUUCUACAGUCUGGCUCAUGGCAGCAAAACUAGUUCAAAACCCAGCCAAAUGGAGGACGAUUUUUUGCACAAAAUCCUCCCGUUAAUUCCAAAAGUGUGUUACAUCCAAAUCGACGACACGUCCCUCAAAGGAGUGAAAGAAAACAGCCAAAUCGAGUACAACUCCUCAUUGAAAAAGCUCUCCCUCACUUACAAAUCCUCAAAACUGGACACUUCAAACUUAGUCUCGUUUAAUUUCGCCAUGUCCGACCUCCAGUUACAAAACAGUCGCGAAAAACUCCUCUCGUUAAAGUCGCUCACAAUCGACGCGAAACUCAAAAACGAUAUUGUCAAUAUUUACUUCCAAAUGAACACUUUCCUGCUCACUUACAACCACGACGUGAUCCACCGCUGGGUUUAUACCAAUUUUCUCAAAAACCGGGAAACCACUCAUUUUGUGAAAACCGAACAAAUCGACUCACCCCAGAACAGUUUAAUCGAAAAAAUUGUCAAAAAAUUGGUGAUCAAUGUUUGUGCCGAAUUCUCGCAAGUCUCAGCAACGAUUAAAUUAAGCGGCCACACUUCCUCCAUGGGCUUCAAUCACGUUAAGCUCAUGCUGGAGCAAGCACAAAAACACCGUGGGCCGUCAUACAGUUCGUAUUUUUUCAAUUUGUUGUUACUCGAUCGUCAUUGGCAAACCGAGUGUUUGAUUGAAUCGUUCUGGUGGAGUUUCAAAGAGUGGAAUCAGGACACUAACGUUUCGAAAAAAAUGCACAUUUGGGGGACGCCGGUUUAUUUUGUUAAAGUGUUGGUUAGGGUGUGGACGCAUGAGAAUUACGAGAUGGAAGUUGUCUCGUUUUUGGAUAUGGUGCAGUUGGAGUGGUCACUUGAACUGGCCGAUUGUGUGCUUUUGGCCAUAAAGUGUUUGAAACAGUACGGUUUAGAUAGGAAAAAUUCAGACAGGGUGGUUUGUAAAGACUUGUCAAAGCCCCAAAUUUAUGUCAAUGUUGGGAUUAAUCAUUUUAAUUGCUUCUUCCAGUCGCAAAAUACAGAGUACUUUGUCGUCCAGUUGAACUCAGUCGAUUUGACCAAAAAUCUGGACUCACUGAACGUCCAAUUUGAAGAGUUUAAAAUCUUCACAAUUCACAACACUGGCGCUUAUUAUUGUUGCAUCCGAACCGAGGACAUUUCGAAUUACAAAGUGUUCGUAAAACAGGCACAAGUCGAUUCGAAAAACCACAAAAACACGAUUAGUCUUCUCGACGAAAUUACUGUUUACUGGUCGACGAAUUUCCACUUGAAAGCCUUGCUCUUAAUUCGAGACAUUAGCGACUUUUUCGGCGAACUUCGCGACGAGUUUGGCUUAAAACUGCACAACUCGCACAGUGAUAACGUGUACAAUUGUGCGGUGGUUGGCGCUUUUGCCUUCCAUGUGGAGAUUUCGCCGAAAUAUUCGGGCAAAGUCUCGAUAGAUUCGCUCAAAGUGUCGAAAACGCGGCACGACCUAACCGUCGAAAACACCACCGCUGUGAUCUCAAUCGACGGCUGCGACAUUUUCACGAUCAAAGGCUUUCAUUUGCAUCGAAUCAAAGACAGUAAAUUAAUCCGAGACGAACGCCUAGAUAAUGAGAAUUUUAAAGUCGCCUGGAACAGAACCUGGGGCCUGUCGAUAGAUUUAUUCAAAGCGGUGUUUCCCUACGAGCACAAUUACGCCGAUGCGGUGCAGAACGAGUUCAUUUCGGUGUUCAAAUGGCUCAAGAUCGUGCACAAUCACAAGAAAGUGCCCUUUACGAGUGAUAGUCCGCUCCCGAGCGAUUUACUGAUAAACGUAAGGGAGUUUUUGUUUGAAAUGAGCGACGAUCCGUUCGAAGUUAAAUUGCGUGAUAAUUUCGAACUACUCGAAGAUGAGUAUAAUGAGAGUUUGAAAAGGCAAAAAAUGCUAAAAGAAAAAGUAGCCGAGUUGUGUAAAACACACUUGCAUUUGCCGGCCGGGAAGGUCGAAGAAUUGUACAAUAAUUUGAAGAAGAAGAACGCGGAAAUUUACAUACAAAGGUCGAAGCAAAUGUUAAGGGCUGCACCGCCCAGAACACGACUUUUCGCCUGGAAUAUGACCAACGUGGAGAUCAUGAUUUUGGCGGAUCCCUCGAUUCACGGCACCGAAAACGUGCUAAAAAUCAUGAAAGAGAUCGACUCUGAAAGCCCCUGGCCCGAGGAACCGCUCGAUUUCACCACUCUGUGGUGCCGCGUGGUUUCGCUACGUUGCAAGGAAUGGAAGUUCCAGCUCAGGGACUUCCCCCAGCCGUUGCUGGACAUCCGCCAGUGCUACAUUUGCGGGCAAUUAGUAGGGGCUGAACAAGUGGCACCAAGACGUGCUGUACGCAGCGUUGUGGUUAAUUUGGGCGAACCGUUCGAACCAUUUACUGUCGAACGAGGGAUGCUACCAUUGAAAUUUUACCAUGAUUUCAAUUGCGAGAUUGAAUCGUACAGUUACGCCUUUGGGCCGUGCUGGGAGCCCGUCAUUGCCCAAUGUAACUUGAGUUUUGAGAAAAUUCUGGCACCGUCACGUGACCCAUCACCCCCACUGUCUUUCUGGGACAAAAUGCGGCUUUUGCUGCAUGGGCGCUUGACCAUGGUCGUGCAGCAGUUAACAGUGUUAUUGCACGCGUCUUUGGACCCUUAUAACACGACCGAGGAGAUGGAAUUGACUUGGAGCCAAGUCGUCAUGGACUGGACCAAUGCCAAAUUUGUGUAUAAGGGAGACUUGAAUAUUUUCGUCCGCACGGCGUCAAAAUACGACGACUGCCAGCUCCUGCAUUUGCCCAACUUGAAGCUCGUCCUGGGCAUCCAAUGGGUGUGUCUGGGUGACCCCAACGACCACCAUAAUGUCAUACAAUGCGCUCCGGACAAAAUCCCCGAAUAUUCCAGUAAUCAAGUGCAUGAUUCUUUCAGAGCUUUUAGGUCGCAAAAUGUGAACCUUAGUAUAGUGCUUGAGACUAAACCGGUGGCCAAUCAAUCAAAUUUCGAUUAUCCCAUGCUUUUGCUGUAUGGGAGCACACUGAGGUGGAUCGAAAAUUUGAAAUUGAUUUUGUCUGGAGUGACGAGGCCGACGAAAAGGGGCAAGAUUUUUAAUAAUGUCCGGCCGAGGAAAAUCCAACUCAGUCGGCACUACAAGAAAGUGCAUCUUUUGAUGGGCUUGCACAAGUUCCAAGUUUGUUAUUGGAUGUCGUUUGCGAUGCAACGCGGGUGUGAGCUGAUCGGGGGCCGGCUGUCGUCCAGUUCUGAGCACAUGCUAUCGCUAGUACCAAUCGACGACGGUCUAACCCACCGUCCGAAAGCCGAAUGGUCGAUCGUUUACAUGAAUUCGGAACUCAACGACUCGGAAAUCUGGCUCAAAAGCGCCCUUCAGGAAGACUCCGAAUUCGAGGCAAUGUCCCUAAGACAACCGGUCGAAAAAUGCUACUGUCUCUCGGUGGCCAAAGUCUCCUACGGUCGCGAGACCGUGAUACCAACCCGCGAACACAACACGUGUGACCGUAACAAGGACACUCCAACCCACCGCCUGGUCGUCUACGACCUGCGCGGUGCCUGGACCAAGAGUAACCGAAACGUAGCUUUCGCCCUCUUCGACACCUUCAUGAAGAACAAGCAAAUGAAGAAGAAUUUAUCGACCGAAGCCUUGAAAGCUUUCAGGAAAGACAGCAACACGACGCCGUUGAAACGGCGCACCGACGCCCCGGGCACGCCCCCCAACUCCAUCCAGACGCUCCAAGACGCCCACUCCCCCAGCACCAAGCUCCAGUCAGGCCAUGCCGCCAACAUGCUCCAGCAACUAAUCGCCGAAGCCGACAACAAAGCUGUCGUCUACAGCGAUGAUUUGUCGUCGGUGACGCGCCAGCAGCACCUCCAGGGGCUGCAAGCGUGCCAAGAGGACGACGUCCAGCACAAGAACUGGCAAAUUGCGCUGGUGAACGCCCAAGUGUUGCUCAAAGGCUGCGAGACGAAAGGCUACGUGAUUUUGAGUGCCGCCAAAGCUGAAAUCAUCCAAAGGAUACAUCGGCCUGUUUGGAAGGACCGGACGCUGGUUUCCAAAACCACGUGGACCGGAACUUUGGAAUGUAUGCAGUAUUAUGCCACUGUUAAUGCGGGGGAGAAUGACUCAGUCAAUGAGAAUAUAAUGUGGCUGACUGUGGAUAAUAUUCAGGAGAAGGAGUCGACUAAUAUUUCCGAACCGUCCGAAGUGCCGAAUAUGGUGGGGAGUGGCGUCUCGGUCGGGGCCGUGGUGAGCGACACGGUCGGACCUAGCACUUCCCGGCAGUUGCAAAGAAUAGUCUCGCGUUGCAAGUGCGAGUUUUUCUACGCCGGCUACGGCGACAUCAGCGUCGACCCGGAGGCGGUGGCCGAGGUGCCGCCGCCGCCACAGGAGGAGGUGGGUCCGUGGGACCGCCGCCAAAACGCCGUCAACGCCUUCACCCUGAUGCACCACGACCUGGACGUCUGCACCAACUCGCUCCAAUACGCGAUGCUGCUCGAUAUCGUCAAUAAUUUACUCCUGUAUGUGGAACCACACCGGAAGGAAGCUCUUGAGAAGUUGGCCAGAAUGCGCUUCCAACAAUUGUACAGUCUGGACGACCAGAGAAAACCCAUCCAGAACCAACAAACGCUAGUUCGGUCCACUUUUAGCAAAUUGCGGCGGCUGGAGAAGGAGACGUAUCUGGUGAGCAAGGCUCUGGCCGAGAAUCCCAACGAUAUGGAGCUGGUGCAGGAGAUGAAUCGGUUGGAGAAGCAAGUCUUCGAGUGCAAAAAUCAACUAAAUGCGCAGAGUGAGGAGUUGGAUAUGAUGCUGUCGUGUUACAAGGAGACACAGUUGUUGACUAAUAGCCGCCUUGCGACCACCCGAAGCGACAAGCCUUUGACUAUAGUUAGGGCCAAUGAAAUCUGCUUCAAACACGCGCAGUGGCGUUUGACCGAAGCUGACGGCCAGAUCGGGAUCGCAGAUCUGGUUCUGAGCAAUUUUUUGUACACCAAGAACUCGAAAAAUGACGAUUCGGUCGAGCACUUGCUCGAGUUGGGUUACCUAAGAAUGACCAACUUGUUACCGAAUGAAAUUUACAAGGAAGUGCUGUGUCCCAGCGAAAUCCAGCACGGGAUGCCGAUCGAAUACAAGAAAGUUUUGCGCAUUUUUUGCCGCGAGAAACCCCCAGUUGGCGGGAUUUCCGUCAAGGAACACUUUGAGAUUAACUUGGUGCCUCUCACAAUCGGGAUGACCAAAAAAUUUUACAGCACUAUGAUGAAGUUUUGUUUCCCGGAGCGUGAGAGCGAAAGCGCCGAUUAUUCGGACCGUGUCAGUGACGACGGUAACGAACCUAAGAAAAAAACCAAGGCGCAGAAACGUAACCGGGAUUCGAAUUUUUACGUUUUGAUUGACGAUGUGGAAAAAAUGAAGGAACGGGCGGAAAAAAACAAGUUGUUUGUUUACAUCAAAAUCCCCGAAGUGCCGGUUAAAGUCAGUUAUAAGGGGAACAAGGAGAAGAAUUUGGAGGAUUUGCGUGAUGUUUCCCUCGUAAUUCCCACUUUGGAGUACCAUAAUAUGACCUGGACGUGGCUGGAUUUCCUGAUGGCGAUUCGGAAUGACACGAAACGUGUUAUCUUCUCGCAGGCAAUUAAACAAAAAUUACAAAUCAAACGAAAUACUGGUUCAAUGGAUGAAAGUUCCUCGCCGCAAGAAGAAGAUAAAGCCAGGAUGUUGUUUGGUGCAAGACAUGCACCCGAAAAUAAAAGUAUUAGAAAAGGCGUAGGUGGAGUGUUCAAGUUUGGGAAAUGACGAAAAUUGAAUAAAUUUUAGUUAGUUGCGCUAAUGAGUGGUUUGUAUGUAAGUAAAUUAUUCUCUUGUACGUAAGUGUGCUUCACAAAUAUAUUUAUUUGUUACAACA